AUUGAAUUCCUCAUUUAUUCAUUCAUUCAUUGUUCGAAUCGCGUGCUGUGCACCUAGUCUUUCCUUCUACUGCUUCAGGUCAUUCAUUUGUCCCAAGACAGUCUUUUCUCAUCGCUACAUCUCAUCCGAGAACCCAUUCAUUCAAAUCCUUUCGACCCUGUCCGAUCAUUGUCCGCAAGAUGCCCUCUUUCGCCCGUAUUCUGACCGCUGGCCUGCUCGCUGCUUCGGCUGUUGCCUUCCCGGUCCAAACUCGGAGAACCAGCCUGCAGAAGCGCUCUACCGGCAAGCGCGGUGCUGCGUACAAUGAUGCUACCCUGGUGAGCACCCUGACCACCGACGAGGCUGGUACCGUGUCGUGGUCGUACAACUGGGGCAGCUCUAUGGGAGGCGACAUGCCCUCCAACGUGGAAUACGUCCCCAUGCUCUGGGGCUCUGGCUCUGACUAUGUCGAUGGCUGGACCGACGCGGUCGAGACUGCACUCUCGUCGGGCAGUUUGUACAUCCUUGGCUUCAACGAGCCCGACAUGUCUUCGCAGGCUGACAUGACCGCUGCCACCGCGGCGGAACUCUACGCCGAGUACAUCACCCCCUACGCCAACAGCGCCAAGCUGGUCAGUCCCGCCGUGACUUCUUCCACUAGCAGCGGCGAGGGACUGGACUGGUUCAAGAGCUUCAUGAGCGACUGCUCAAGCUGCAACAUCUCCGCGCUCGCCGUGCACUGGUACGGCGACUCCGUGGACGAACUCAAGACCUUUGUCAACGAAGCCAUCGAGGCCGCCGCCGAAUACGACAUCUCCGAGGUCUGGCUCACCGAAUUCGGCCUGAGCGCCGACACCAGCGGUGUCUCCGACACCGACACCACCGUGAGCUUCCUCGAUGAGGCGGUCUCCUGGCUCGACUCCCAGUCUUCUGUGACGCGCUACGCCUUCUUCUACUGCGCCAAUAACUACAUGUUCACCGAUGAUGCCGUCAACUCCGUGGGUGAUGUGUAUGUGUCGAGCUCGUCCUCCUCCACUUCGACUUCAACCUCUUCCUCUUCUGCCUCGUCUACUUCGUCGUCAGCGUCGUCGGCCUCCUCUUCGGCCGCUUCUUCGUCGUCCUCUUACGAGUCUUCGUCUUCCUUCUCAGCCUCCAGCUCCUCGUCGUCGGAGUCCUCUUCCUCCGACUCCUUCACAUUCAGCGUGGACUCUAAGAUCGCGCUGUUGCCCCCCGUGCAGCACUCCAACUAGGCUACAUGCAUGUCGCGUCGGUAGAUGUGAUAACCAUACCAUAGAUCUCAUAGUUUGAAUACAUACUUUUCAUUCGAUUAUUUCGUCCGUUCCUCUCUUUCUUUCUUUCUUUCUUUCUUUCUUUCUUUCUUUCUUUCUUUCUUUCUUUCUUUCUUUCUUUCUUUCUUCCUUUCUUCCUUUCUUCCUUUCUUUUCUUCUCUUUUUCUUUUCUUUUUCUUUCUUUCCCUUUUCUGCGUUUCCCUUCACCGGUUCUCCAGGGUAUAAAGACCAAUAAAAAUUGCUUCGACGUCCC